UAUGUUUGAUUGGCUAUAUAGCGCACGGCAGCGCCUCCUGGUUAUGACGCUCAAUCAUAGCGGAUAUUUAGUACCGAAAAUUGCGCUCACUGAUUUGCACCACAAUUAUGCGCUACAGCAAACGUUAAGCUCAACAACAGCUACAACAACAACAAUAGCAGAAACAACCGCCACACCACAAUCUAUAAAAGACGCACGCACAGCACAAGCCGAUCCAUUGCAAACGUCAACAGCAGCAGCAACAGCAGCAGCAGUUGCAACAGCAGAGCCAGCAGCAAAAUCGAAUAAUGUUGGCCAAACAACAACUACUACAACUACAACAAGCAAUACAACGGGUUCGACCGCCGUCAUGGCAUCCGCAGCUGCAAUUACAGCUGCUGCAGUGUUGAUGCUGCCAAUGCCGCCGCCUUCCAGCAGCUUCUCUACGCUCGAUGGCGUACCGCGUGGCAAAUGCGUUUACUUUGUGCGUCGAAGCGCGAAUACAACGCUGACCGCAGCUAAUUUUCGUACGCAAAUACUUUGCGGCGAUUUGCCUGUGCACAGCAAAAUAGAAACUUUAUCGCUACUUUUCGAUGAAGUCUUUCAGCCGCUACUCGAAUGUUCACUCAAUCGGAAAUCAUGGCCGAAACCGGUGCAGAAGGAUUUGCAGAUACGCAUUAAGGAGGUGCGCAACACGUUAAUUGAGAUUAAGGGAAAAACGAACAAUCGCACAAUCUUGUCAUUAUUAGUUGCACCAACUGUCAUCGAAGAAGUGGCAUCACAUGUUAAUCAAGGUAACUUGGCUCCGGCCAUUGAACCGAAAUUCCUUGCGGCGCUCGAGGAAAUAUACAUCAAUUGGACAACGCAGAUACAUGAAAUUCUCAGCGAGCGCUCGGAGUUCAGCACCGGCAAUCAAUCAAGAAAUACCAGCCAGCAAACCAAAAGUGUAGUGACGGUAACACUGCCGGCACAUGAGAUCGCCUACUGGUCCAACCGCAAACAAAAUUUGCAAAAUAUUUACGAACAAUUGCGCACAGCAACGCACAGGUCACUCACACACAUUCUCAAGAGUAUCGACUCAGCCUACUAUGAGCCAUUUGUGAAGGUCUUCAAGCGUUUGGUAUGCGCCUGGCACGAGGCCGAGGACAACACGCUCUGGCUGCAGCCACUAUUGCGGCAAACGGCCGCCUUUAACGCUGUCAACUUCCAUGCAGCCGCUGAGCUGGUGAGUCCACUAGUACAUGUGCUGCAUCUCAUUUGGACGCAUGCGCGCUAUUAUCGUAGCACACAACGCAUGACGGUACUGUUGCGUUGCGUUUGUCAGCUGCUGGUGCGGCGCGCAAGUGAAGAUUUGGAAUUUCCAUUGCUAUUUCAGGGUGACGCCGAUGAGGGUCUGAGCAAAAUAACAAAAUCUGUUGAGGUUUUAGAGCUGUUUAAAUACAAACUAUUGGAAUAUAAGGAAAAGUAUACCAGCGGUCAUCAAUUGCUACCUGCUUUGCCGAGCACUUCUCGUGCUGCGGUUGUGGUUGCACCGUCUUCUGAGUCAGUCGAUAAUGGUAGUGUAGCACACGAGCUGUGGCGCUUUUCACCUGAAGAUGUCUUUGAAUGUACAGUUAAUGGAUUUGUGACGCAACUUGGCGAUAUGCGUAAACUUUUUGACGCAGCGGUAUCGUUUCAGAAUCUUGAAAAAAUUGAAUUUGGCGGCUUGCGCGGCAAACAGCUAAAUGAGCGCGUUCGGCAGGUGUACACACAAUUCAAGGAGCUCUUUGAACAAUGGACUUUAACCGAAUUUGAUGCACCCCAGUUGGAUGCCCAGCAGCCAAGCAACAGCAACAGCAACAGCAACAGCAAAUGGUCGCACUUCAAACGACAGUUACGUAACUUUUUCGAGCAAAUACAUGCUUUGGAGCAGAAAUUGGCAACGAUAUUCGUGCAGGCGUACAAAGACUGCCAAAACUGGGAGCAAUUAACAAAGCUAACUGUAAUGCUUGGCAUUGGCAUACUCGAACGUCGCACUAUUCUACCGGAGCUACGUGUCAUUGAUUCGCAUCUACUUCAUAUCUAUAGCGAGGAGCUACACCAGUUGGAAAGUUCGGUACUUGAAACGCUGCUGGAAUUCGAAUAUCGCGGUAUAACUGCAGUACCUAUACAACAGGGACUCCCUCCCACUGCCGGUGCUCUAAUGUGGCUGGAACAGCAUAUGCAACGCAUAGACACGUUGGCAUCUCGUGAAGUGCAUAAGUUCAUGAAGAAAAUGCUCCACACUGCUGACAGCGAUACCGAGGGCAGCGAAGCAAUUAGUAACAACACUAACAGCAACAACAUCCCCAUUAACACAGAAUACAACGCUGGUUAUUGGAGUCGAGGUGUGGCCGCCGAGGAGACCGCUAACAUAGUGGACGCCUACGGACGACUAAACACACGACGCGAUAUUUUAACAACAAAGCUGAGCAAUUUGCAGUUGAAAAUCUGGCACAAUUGGCAGCAGACAAUAGGCAAAAGGAUUGCCAAAGGACUUGACGCACGUGUGAUGUCCCUCGACAGCAAUGGCGAGGGCAAUGGCAAUGGCAACGGCAACGGCGGCGGUGCGGGCAGCAGCAGCAAUGAUCAUUUAGGCGGCACAAGAGCAAAUUACACCUUUGGUGCAAAUUUUCGAAGUGCAAUCACCGCAGCGCUGACGCAAUCGCGGAAAGCGAACAACUAUAGUCACGGCAGCAAACAAAGCCACAACAACAAUAACAACAACAACACCAAAGACGAACUAAUGACAAAAAAAGCAAAAGCAAAAUCACUGCAAAUGAAUUUCGCGCCGGAUUUAUUUGGACUUUUACAAGAGGCCAAGUAUUUGCUGGCAAUGCAGCUGGCAGGCAAUGUGCGACGUGGCAGUAACUGCGGCAUCACCGACAUUAAUGUCAACAAUCUAACUGCGAAUAAUGCUGGCGGCGUCAUGCCAACCACGCAGUCCCAACCAGUGUCAGAUAGGCGUUUGGUGGCUGAAGCUGGAGCUGGAGCUGGAGCUGAAGCAGUUGCAGCAGCAGCAGCAGCAGCAGCAGAUGCAUUAGUUGCUCAGCAACAACAAAGGCUAUAUGCUUUGGAUAAUAUUUUACUGGACUUGUAUGCCGAAAGGGAUGCGUUUUGGCAACGCAAAGUGAAACUCAUCAAGAUCGGUGAAUUUUACAAUGGCAUUCGCGGUCUAGCUGCUGAUGAGGACUGUGAAGCUGGUAUCAUUGGCAGCGCUGCAGAAUUGCAACUUAUACGUCAUGAAGUGGAAGCAAUCGACGAACGUGUAGAGACCGCAAGUGCUACACUCACAUGGCGAACAUAUGAUACGGCUUUGAUGAAUGAAAUCUAUGAAUGUUCACGACAACUCUACAAUCGCCUCCAGCAAACGCAACACAACUUGUUGUCAAUUGUGCAGAGCAUACGCCGCUGGAGUCGUGAACCGCUUCACCAACGUAAUGCCUAUGGGCGUAACUUACUCGACAUGCAGCAACAACAGGAACGGUUGCGCCAACGACGCAUGCAAUGUGAUGAAACACGACGCCUACUGAAUCGCCUAUUGAUUAUCAAUUUUUGUUUGUUUUUCGACUAUGACCAGCAGGGGUGUGAAGUGGAAGGGCAUGAUGGACAGUGUAUACAGGAGUUUUUGCGCAAAUUUCCCACAGAUCAACGUCGCAGCUAUAACAAGUAUCUAGCCGAAGUGGAGGCAUUGAUUGAUCGCGAAGUGCGGCUAGCUAUUAAAGUCAGUUUAGUGUAUUUUCACAACCAAAUGGCAAAAGCAAACGAAAUUGAAGCGGCGCUGAUGACAACGACAAUACCAACAACAACCACAGCGACAACAACAGCAGCGACAGACACUUCGUUGAGAAGCACACCUGCGAAUGAUGAUGACACACUUGCGGGGGUACAGGCAAAGCAUUUACCUCAUAAUCAAGCAGGUGCGGCAGCAACCAGCAGACAACAGUUGUUGUUACUACGCCCACAAACAGCGACGACGGUGAAAUCGGCACCUACAAUGGCAGUAACGCCUACAACAACAACAACAACAACAACGCCACACAGAGUAGGAUCUGCAAUGAGCAACAGAACUAAAACACCGCCUCACCACCACCACCACCACCACUUCCACCAACAACACAGCCAUCAACAACAACAACAACAAGUGAACAGACAAACUGUAAUGUCUGCGGCAACCGCAAUGCCGCUUUUUGAGGUGAAAUUAGAGUUGCUGCCAGCCAAUUGGAGGACAACACAGGCGAAGACGGAGGCGGACGCGGAUGCGGACGCGCCAACUGCAACGGAUGCGCCGCCGCAUACAAAUACGGAAAUACGCUUCGUGCCAUCAUUCAACGUGAGCGAAGAAAAUAAUUUUCAACAAAUUGUCGAGCAGCUGCUGGAGGACAUACACCAGACUAGCCACGGCUGCAUGCCACGACGAAUUGUUGACGAUAAGGCGCUGUCUGAUGACAACGAAGAUGAAGACGAAGACGAAGACAACGACUGCGCUGGUGGCGACGGCCACCACGAAGAUGAAAUUCAAAAUAGUGGCAGCUGUGAUGACGACGGUGCGGUAAAUAUAGUAGAAUGCAACAAUAAUAAUCACUACGUGGCGAAAGACAAAAACUUUGGCAGGUGCGAGCUGUUGCAACGCCAACAUGGCAAAGCAGAAGUGCCGGGGCAGCAGACACACACGACAAGGAUGGUUAUGAGUUCGUUGCAUGAAGUGGCAGCGGCUAAACGUCGGCAACUGCAACAGCUAGCGUCUAAAGUGGGUCGAAGUCGAAUUUCACAGCGAGACAAUGAAGAUGCAUUGGCUGCUGGCGCUAUGUUGGCAAGUGACACAGACAUUUCCUCCGACGAAUUAAACCAACUGAAUGCCGAUAUACGGGCAGCACUCGCCACAACAAUCCAGGAUGCACAACAUUUUGCCGCGCAAUUCAACACUUAUGCUUUUCUAUGGCAACAACAACGCCAGCAGGUGCUACACACCACACUACAAAUUGCCUGCGAAAACGAAGCUGUGACUGGAAAGGGUUAUGCCAUUUUAGAGGCAUUUAAAAUGCAGAUUGAUCACUACAAUGAGCACCAUGAGGCCAUCGAGCAACUGGCUGGCCAGCAGCGCAUAAACGGUUGGCUAAGCAUCGACUUGAAUCCGCUGAAAUAUGCAUUAAUAAACCAUAUUUGUAAAUGGACGCACUUGUACAAACGCUGGUUGCUGCACUACGUGGAACGCACGCUAAAUGAGCUGACCAAAUUUAUCAGCCAUGGCUUAGCAAUUCUACAACUGCCGGUUGGUGUGAAGAAUUUUCGUCGUUUGCUUCGUGUUUUAGCUGUUAUGGCACAAAUUCGAAAGCAUGCCACAUAUGCAGAUAAUAUGUUUAAGCCCCUCAAGGAUAUUAUAGCUUUGCUGAAAGCAUAUAAUGUGCAAUUUGAUCAACAACUUUUGCGUAAAAUCGAUCAUUUGCCACUGCAGUGGAAGCAUUUGAAGGAUGUUGCUGCCGUCCGUUCGGAGGCUUUGGAGGACGCUCAACGCUAUCAACGUGAACGUGUUAAUGCGAUGAUUGCCAUAUAUAUGUGUCACUUACAGAAUUAUGCUAAACAAUUUCCACGCUUGCCGUUCUUUUACGUUCCGUGCCACAAUGUGUACAACCAGUGCGAUAGAGUUUGUGCGCGCUUAGAUUACUUUGCUACGCUUCAUCGCCGAUAUCUUCACUAUGCUGCUCUUCUGGGUAUUGACGCUGCAGAUCCAACAGCAUUGCAACUGUGUGCCGCUGAAGUAAAACGCAUCAAGCAACUAUGGGACUACGUUUACGUCAUUGAAUCAUGUAUAGUUGAAUGGCAUACUACAGCGUGGCAUAACAUCGACACUGAUGAAUUGGAAACAGAAUGCAAAAAAUUUACGCGCGAUCUACGCACGCUGGAUAAAUGCAUACGCGAUUGGGCGCCCUACGUUUACAUAGUCGAUAUCCUCAAGGAGUUGAUGGCAUCAUUGCGCGCCAUCACCGAGCUACAAAAUCCAGCUAUAAGCGAACGCCAUUGGCUUGAGUUGAUGCAGGCGACCAAGCUCUCCUUCAAAUGUGACACUAGAACCUCGCUCGAGCAACUACUACAACUUAAACUCCACUUGCACGAAGAGGAAAUCAAAAAUACCGUCGAUCGCGCAGUCAAAGAAAUGACAGUCACCAAAGUGCUAGAUGAAAUUAAUAAUACUUGGACACGUAUGCAUUUCGACACGGAACAACACCCGCGGCGCGCAGAAGUUCAAUUACUUAAAGUUUCAGAGGAGCUAAUGGAGACACUUGACGAUAAUCAAAUGCAGCUGCAAAAUAUCGCCUCUUCCAAGAAUAUUGAAUACCUCCUCAAUAAGCUGACCUACUGGCAACGUAUACUCAGCGAUAUCGAUACACUGAUCGGCAGUUGGUUUGAGGUGCAACGCAAAUGGGUCUACUUGGAGGCGAUUUUCAUUGGUACCGCCGACAUUCGCGCUCAACUGCCAUCAGACGCCGCAAACUUCGAGAUCAUCGACAGUGAGUUCACACAUCUGUUGGCCGAAGUGAAACGCUUAGGCAUCGCCAUGCAAAUCGUUUUGCAGUGUGAGCACAUUUUUGAAACGCUUACCUUGCUGCAACAGCGCUUAGCGGUGUGUGAGAAGGCUUUGAAUGACUACCUAGAGACCAAACGUAUGGUUUUCCCACGUUUCUACUUCAUCUCUGCAGUAGAUCUACUCGAUAUACUCUCGAAUGGUAACUGCCCGCGCAUUAUUGAUCGGCAUCUCAUUAAACUUUUCGACUCCAUACUACGCCUUGAAUAUAAUACGUGCGCUGACAGUGGCCCAUACUGCGCAAUCGGUAUGCACUCAAAGGAGAACGACGAGUACGUGCGUUUUGCGGCGGCCAAUGUGGCCGCACCCAAUGUGCAGUGUGCAGAACGUGUGGAAUUAUGGUUGAAUGGCGUAAUCUUGCAAAUGCGUACCACUUUGCAUGAACUCUUUAGGCGCGCGCUUGCCGCACACAUGGACAAGUCACGCGAAUUGUGGCUACACGAAUGGCCAGCGCAAGUCGCUUUAUGUUGCAGUCAAAUCGCUUGGGCAGCAGAUGUAAAUCGCGCAUUUGCAUGGAUGGAUGAGGGUUACGAAACGGCCAUGAAGGAUCUGCAUAAGCGCCAGAUGACGCAAUUGAAUUCACUCAUCAACUUGCUGUUGGGCGAACUCACACCCGGCGAUCGUCAAAAGGUAAUGACCGUGUGCACAAUCGAUGUGCACUCGCGUGACGUGGUCGGCAAAAUCAUACAGGCCAAGGUCGAUAGUGCGCUGGCAUUUCAGUGGCAAAGUCAGCUGCGACAUCGCUGGGAUGAUGCUAUGCUCGAGACAGAGCGCCGGCCAGCAGCAACUGACGAGGACUGUUUUGCGAACAUCUGCGAUGCGGAAUUCCGCUAUGCCUAUGAAUAUCUUGGAAAUACGUCAAGACUUGUUAUAACACCGCUCACAGAUAGAUGUUACAUUACUCUGACGCAGUCGCUGCAUCUUGUAAUGGGCGGCGCACCCGCUGGCCCGGCAGGCACCGGCAAAACCGAAACCACAAAAGAUCUAGGGCGAGCACUUGGCAUGAUGGUUUACGUUUUUAACUGCUCGGAGCAAAUGGACUACAAGUCUUGUGGCAACAUCUAUAAAGGACUAGCACAAACUGGUGCUUGGGGUUGUUUUGAUGAAUUCAAUCGCAUUGCAGUGGAGGUGCUGUCGGUUGUAGCCGUGCAGGUGAAGACUAUACAAGACGCAAUUAAGAUGCAUCGUGAGCGUUUUACAUUUAUGGGCGAGUCCAUUGCCUUGGUGCCAACGGUGGGUAUAUUCAUCACACUUAAUCCCGGCUACGCGGGACGUACUGAAUUGCCUGAAAAUUUGAAGACGCUCUUUCGCCCUUGCGCCAUGGUCGUACCAGAUUUUGCACUCAUUUGCGAAAUCAUGCUAAUGGCUGAGGGCUUUCAAGAUGCGCGCAUACUUGCACGCAAAUUUAUAACGCUUUACACACUGUGCCGAGAACUGUUGUCCAAGCAGGAUCAUUACGAUUGGGGACUGCGCGCUAUCAAGUCUGUGUUGGUGGUGGCGGGCACAUUGAAGCGCGACGAUCACAGUCGACCGGAAGAUCAGGUGCUCAUGCGUGCUUUGCGCGAUUUCAACAUACCGAAAAUUGUUACCGAGGAUGUGGCCAUAUUCAUGGGCCUUAUUGGCGAUCUCUUUCCCACAUUGGAUGUGCCGCGCAAGCGCAUUUUUGAGUUUGAAAAAACUAUAAGGCGUGCAGUUAAUGAGAACAAGCUGCAACCUGAGGAGGGCUUUCUAAUGAAAGUUGUGCAACUGCAAGAUCUUUUAGAUGUUCGACAUUCAGUUUUCAUUGUCGGCAACACUGGCACAGGAAAAACUAAAAUUUGGCAAACACUUCUUGAAACCUAUCGCAUACAGAAAUUGAAACCCGUCUGUAGUGUAAUCAAUCCAAAAGCCUUAUCGAAUGAUGAACUAUUCGGGGUUGUCAACCCGACAACGCGCGAAUGGAAGGAUGGUCUCUUCUCAUCGAUAAUGCGCGAACAGACAAAUUUACCAGCGAGCAACCCCAAGUGGAUUGUGCUUGAUGGUGAUAUUGACCCCAUGUGGAUCGAGAGUUUGAAUACACUGAUGGAUGACAAUAAAAUAUUAACGCUCGCAAGCAACGAACGUAUCACUUUGAAGCGAGAAAUGCGAUUGCUCUUUGAGGUGGGUCACCUCAAGGCGGCCACACCAGCCACGGUUUCCAGGGCUGGUAUUUUGUAUAUUAACCCACAAGACAUGGGCUGGGCUCCUUAUGUGCUGUCGUGGAUAGAAACGCGUAACGAUCCCAUUGAAAGAGGCACACUCACCGCCCUGUUUGAGAAAUAUUUCCCCAACCUUAUGACGAGACAGCGUGCAUUUCGACGUACGACGCCUAUCAGCGAAAUGGCUAUGAUACAAAUGACUUGCCAUCUGCUCGAGAGUUUGCUGCACGCGCUCAAACGGGUGAAUAGAAUCGAAGAAAACGCCAUUGAUACCCACAGCCUUGUGAACCCCAGUGAAACUGCAAAAGAUACCCUGAACUUAUCAAUCGAAUUGGUAUUCAUCUAUGCAACAAUGUGGGGGUUCGGUUCAGCGCUGCAUCAAGAUCACAUUAUUGACUGGCGACGUGAAUUUCACAAAUGGUGGACAAGCGAAUUCAAGGACGUCAAGCUGCCUGCCCAAGAUUCUAUUUUUGAUUACCAACUGGAUUUGCGCACAAAUAAAUUUCAACGUUGGUCGGAGUUGGCGUUGGCGCAAAAAAUUGAGCCGAUAGACACUGAAGUACCAAUACAGACCAUCCUGGUGCCCACAGCAGAAACAGUACGUCUCGCAUACUUUCUGAAAUUACUUAUCGGACGUAGGUACGCCUGCAUGCUGGUCGGAACUUCGGGUUGCGGUAAAAGCGCAAUUUUUCGCGAGCUUUUCGCCACAUACGAGAGCGAACAAGAUACUGCGACCGAGCCAGAAGCUAUUACGCAACAAAGAAAGUUAUCAGAUUCAAAACGCAGUAAGCUAUUAACAUCGCCGGCCAGGUCACGAAGCAUUGCAGUACAGACGACGCAUUUCAACUACUACACCACGUCUGAGAUCUUUCAGAAGAUACUCGAGCGGCCACUGGAAAAGAAAUCGGGACGGUGCUAUGCACCUAGUGGCGCCAAUAGACAUCUAGUUUACUUCGUAAAUGAUCUCAAUAUGCCGGAAGUGGAUGUGUAUGGCACCGUACAGCCCCAUACGAUUAUACGUCAAUUCAUGGACUAUCGACAAUGGUACGAUCGGCAACGCUUACAGUUAAAGGACAUACGUCACUGCCAAUUUGUGGCCUGCAUGAAUCCCACGGCUGGUUCGUUUACCAUCGACCCAAGACUGCAGCGCCACUUUUGUGUUUUUUCAGUGGCAACACCCACCGAGCAGACACUGCAAUGCAUCUUUGGCACUAUUUUGCACAGUCACUUAGACAAUCCCUAUAACUCAUUCGGCAAGGAAAUCAAGUGCAUCGCUGAGCUGCUGGUACAAGUCGGCAUCGCCUUGCAUCGGCGCGUGGAAUACGCAUUUCUGCCGACUGCAUUGAAAUUCCAUUACACUUUCAAUUUGCGUGACCUGACCAACAUCUAUCAGGGGCUGAUGUUUAGCUGUGGUACGCCGACGAGUCAAAGCGGCAACAGCGCUGUCAGCAGUGCGAUGUUGGCGAGCAACGGCACUAUCUGCAAUAAGCCGGCCGACUUGAUACGUCUGUACGUGCAUGAGGCGUAUCGCGUCUACCACGAUCGACUGGUGGAUCAGUAUGACAUUAAAUCCUUCAAGGCAACAAUACGCGAUAUCUUCAAGAAAGAUUUUGAAGAUUUCGAUGAGGAUUACGUGUUUGCUGAGCCACUAAUAUAUAGUCACUUUGCGCAGUCGCUCGUAGAUCAGAAAUAUAUGCCGCUGCGCAGCUGGGACAUGCUACACCAAUUGCUAAUGGAGGCCCAAGCCAACUACAAUGAGGUGGUGGGUUACAUGAAUUUGGUGCUGUUUGAGGAUGCGAUGAUACAUGUUUGUCGCAUCAAUCGCAUACUCGAAAGUCCGCGUGGCAAUGCACUACUGAUCGGCGUUGGCGGUUCGGGCAAACAGACACUCGCACGUCUCGCCUCGUUCAUCUCGUCACUAAGUGUAUUUCAAGUACAAUUAAAACGCGGUUUUGGCUUACAAAACCUCAAAGAGGAAUUUGCCGCUUUGUACAUGAAAGUAGGACUAAAGAAUGUCGCUUCGGUUUUCCUCAUGUCGGACGCGCAAAUACCCGACGAGCCACUGUUAAUGCUCAUCAAUGAUCUCUUAGCAUCGGGCGAUAUACCGGAACUCUUCAAUGAAGAUCAGCUGGAGACCAUUUUCAACGGCAUACGUAACGAGGUGAAACAAAGUGGCACUCUCGACACCAAAGAGAACUGCUGGCGUUUUUUCAUUGACAAAAUAAGGCGACUCCUAAAGGUGGUUCUCUGCUUUUCGCCUGUCGGACAGACUUUACGCGUGCGUGCGCGCAAAUUCCCCGCCAUACUUAGCCGCACCAGCAUCGAUUGGUUCCACGAAUGGCCCAAAAUAGCACUCGAGUCUGUAUCGCAAAAAUUUCUUAGUGAAAUUGAUGUGCGUAUUUUGCCUCGUAACAUGAUUUCGCCAAUCGGUUGCUUUAUGGCCUACGUUCACCACACAGUCAAUCAGAUUUCGAAAAUUUAUUUGCAAAACGAAAAACGCUACAACUACACGACACCAAAAACCUUUCUCGAAUACAUUUUCCUCUAUCGCAAAUUGCUGGUGGAAAAGAAUGGCGAACAUACCGGACGCAUUCAACGCUUGCAGAGCGGCAUGGCUAAAUUGGCGGAGUGUGCUUGUCAAGUGGACGCGCUGAAGAACCAAUUGGCCAUCCAAGAAGUUCAAUUGGCAGCAAAAAAUGCAGCCGCCGAUAAGCUGAUCAUCAUUGUGAGUGCUGAGAGUGAGAAGGUCAAACGCGAAAAGUCGACCGCAUCUGAGGAGGAGAAGCGCGUGCGCAUCAUUGAAGAGGAUGUCUGCAUGAAAACAAAGUUAUGCGAAGAAGAUUUACGCAAAGCGGAACCAGCACUUGUUGCUGCACAAGCGGCGCUUAAUACUUUAAACAAAAAUAAUCUCACCGAAUUGAAGUCGUUUGGCUCACCACCCAAGGCUGUGGUAAAUGUAUGCGCAGCUGUUAUGGUUUUACUAGCGAAAAAUGGCAAAAUACCACGCGAUCGCAGCUGGAAGGCAGCCAAGCUAACAAUGGUGCGCGUCGAUCAAUUUCUCUACGAUCUAGUUAAUUACAAUAAAGACAAUAUACAUCCAAAUAUCAUCGAAGUAUUACAGGGAUAUUUGAAGGAUCCCGAGUUCAGUCCCGAAAAGGUCGUACAAAAGUCAGUGGCUGCGGCUGGCCUUUGUGCUUGGGUUAUCAAUUUGCAUCGUUAUCAUCAGGUAUUUCUCAUUGUCGGACCCAAGCAACAGGCUUUGCACGAUUCGCAGAGAGAAUUGCAGGAGGCACGUGAGCGUCUGCAAUAUCUAAAGAUUAAAAUCAAUGAAUUCGAAAUGAAACUGGCAGAGAUACAGGCGGAGUUCGAGGAAGCUAUAGCUGCAAAGCAAAUGUGUCAACGGGAUGCGGAUAAAACUGCAUUUACAAUAGACUUAGCGCACCGGCUGAUUAAUGGGCUGGCGAAUGAGAAUAUACGCUGGAAGGAGUCAGUGCAGAGCUUACAAGCAAAAAUUGGUACUCUACCUGGAGAUAUCUUGAUAAUUUCCUCUUUCUUGUCAUAUGUUGGCUGUUUUACGCGGCGCUAUCGAGAGGAGUUGCAGCAAAAGAUGUGGAUGACGAGCUUUGCAAAAAUCGAGCCACUUGUACCGUACACAAUUGGCGUUGAUCCGCUAACCCUGCUCACGGACGAUGCACAAGUUGCGACUUGGAAUAAUGAAGGAUUACCGGUGGAUCGUAUGUCAACGGAAAAUGCAACAAUUUUAACUCACUCGACCCGCUGGCCAUUGAUGAUUGACCCUCAGCUUCAGGGCAUUAAGUGGAUAAAAAACAGAUACGGAGAUACACUCGUUAUUAUACGUCUUAAUCAAAAGGGCUUCCUAGAUGUGCUGGAAAAGUCUAUGGCUAAUGGCGAGACUGUGCUUAUUGAGCAAAUCGGUGAAACUAUAGACACUGUGCUGGAGCCACUGCUAAGUCGCGCUUUAGUCAAGAAGGGGCGUUACAUACGCAUAUGUGGCAAGGAAAUGGACUUUAAUAACAACUUUCGUCUUUUGUUGCAUACAAAAUUACCAAAUCCACAUUACAAACCUGAAAUCCAAGCGCAAACAACGCUCAUCAACUUUACAGUCACACCGGAUGGCCUUGAAGAGCAACUGCUUGCCGAGGUAGUGAAAAUCGAACGACCCGAUUUGGAACAAAUGAAAAUCGACGUAACAGUACAGCAAAAUAAAUUCAAAAUUUCACUUAAAGCCUUGGAGGACGAACUGCUUGUGCGUUUGGCCUCAUCCAGCACGAAUGUAUUGGAUGAUCAUGCGCUUGUCAUCAAUUUGGAGGCGACGAAGCACACAGUUGAUGAGAUUGAGCUGAAAGUGCGAGAGGCGCUCAUAACUAGCGCGCAAAUUGACGAAGCGCGAAAUAGAUAUCGUGCAGCGGCCAAGCGCGCCUCUAUACUUUAUUUUGUUCUCACCGAUCUCAGUCGUAUAAAUCCCAUCUAUAAGUUUUCGCUGAAAUCGUUUAUGAACGUUUUCAAGAAGGCAAUUGCCACUGCACCGAAAAGCAAAAAUCAUGAGCGCCGUGUACAGCAUCUGGUGGCGUCGAUCACGCUGCAGACAUUCAUUUACACGAUGCGUGGCCUCUUCGAAGUCGACAAAUUGACGUUCACUUCACACAUGAUCUUGCGUAUUCAGAGCGCAGCCGGACAGAUUUCCAAAGAUGAGUUUGAUUUCUUGUUGCGCUUUCCACACGAUCCAAACUCACUGUCUCCACUGGACUUUGUAAGCCGAAAAGCUUGGGGCGGCAUUAAAUCCCUAGGCGGUAUCGAGCAUUUUUAUGGCAUCGAUAAGGACAUGGAAAGCUAUCCGAAAAGAUGGAGUAAAUUCCUUGCCAGUGCAGCGCCAGAAAGAGAGCAAUUCCCGGGCGAAUGGAAGUAUCGUUCGCCGCUGCAAAAGCUUUGUAUUAUACGAGCUGUACGUCCAGAUCGGAUGCUGUAUGCGAUGAGAUUAUUUGUAGAACUGACAAUGGGCAAGGAGUACACGCGGACACAGACAUCAGCUUUUUCGGAAAUCUUCAAAGAAAUCAAUGCCAGCACACCAGUUUUAUUUAUACUUUCACCAGGCAUUAAUCCCGUGCGUGAUGUUGAGCUACUUGGCCAGCAGUUGGGCUUUCGGGCCGACAACGACACGCUUAUUAAUAUAUCACUAGGACAAGGUCAAGAGCAAUUAGCCGAAGACGCUAUCAUCAAUGCAUUGACCAAUAAACACCAGUGGGUUGUCCUGCAAAAUAUCCAUUUAGUUGUGAACUGGCUUCCUUCAUUAGAGAAACUAAUCGAACGCAUAGUUGCCGAGACCGAGCUGAAUGAUGACAACACCAAUUCAAAUUUCCGUUUAUUUAUCAGCGCCGAACCCGCGCCAGAUCCAGAAUAUCACGCCAUACCGCAGGGCAUACUGGAGUCUUCGCUGAAAAUAGUCAAUGAACCACCGUCAGGCAUGGCCGCUAAUCUACACAAGGCUUGGGACAACUUUUCACAGGACUCCUUAGAAACCUGCACACAAGAGGCCGAGUUCAAAUCAAUACUCUUUGCGCUUUGCUACUUUCACGCUGUAUCGGGUGAGCGCUGCAAGUUUGGACCGCAGGGCUGGAAUAAGGCGUAUCCCUUCAAUGUCAGUGACCUCAUCAUUUCAGCUAAUGUGCUGCACAACUACUUGGAAGGCAGCAGUCGCAUACCAUGGGAGGACUUACGUUACCUAUUCGGGGAAAUCAUGUACGGCGGUCACAUUACGGACGACUGGGAUCGUCGCCUCUGUCGCACAUACCUCGAAGAGUUACUGCAGCAAGAGCUCAUCGAUGGUGAUUUGGAGUUGUGUCCGGGUUUUGCUGCGCCUCCCAAUCUUGACUAUCAAGGCUAUCAUAACUACAUUGAUGAAAUGUUGCCGCCUGAAUCGCCCGUACUUUACGGACUGCAUGCAAAUGCCGAGAUUGGCUUCCUAACCAGCGCAUCGGAGCAACUACUUAAAACCAUAUUCGAGCUACAGCCACGCGAAUCAGAGCUUAGCACAAAUUGUGGUGCCCCACGAGAGGAGCUUGUGAAAAUUAUGAGUGAGGACUUUUUGGAUAAAAUGCAGGAUGAGUUCAAUUUGCAGGCCUUACUUAAUCGGGUGGAGCGUAAAACGCCGUUUGUGGUGGUGGCGUUGCAGGAGUGCGAACGCAUGAAUGCAUUGAUAUGUGAAAUCAAGAGAUCUUUGCGCGAGCUAUUGUUAGGCUUGAAAGGUGAACUCACUAUAACUCCCGACAUGGAACGCCUAGAUCAUGCCAUUUUCUAUGAUAGCGUGCCAACAACUUGGGCCCUAUUGGCUUAUCCCAGCAUGUUGGGCCUGCAAAGUUGGUAUGCAGAUCUUUUGCAUCGUAUUAAGGAAUUGUCCAGUUGGCUCAACGAUUUUAAGCUGCCUUGUACUAUUUGGCUUGGGGGGUUGUUCAAUCCACAGAGCUUUCUUACAGCCAUAAUGCAAGAGAGCGCACGAAAACAUGAUUUGCCCUUGGAUCGAAUGUGUCUUAGCUGCGAGGUGACGAAAAAGGAGAAGGAUGACAUUACUUUACCACCCAUUGAAGGUGCACUCGUGCAUGCUCUAUACUUGGAUGGAGCCAGUUGGGAUUGUCAACUUAAUUCCAUUGUACCAUUGCCGCCAAAGGAGCUGCUCUGCGCCAUGCCAGUCAUUUAUAUAAAAUCUAUUGUACAGGAGAAACAGGAGACGCAGCGUUGCUAUGAGUGUCCGUUGUACAAGACAAGAUUGCGCGGCGCCACUUACGUUUGGACCUUUAAUUUAAAGACCCGUGAACGACCAGCCAAAUGGAUCCUUGGCGGGGUCGCGUUAUUGCUUCAGCCAUAAAUAAUAAAAUAAUCUACGGUGUCAUAAUUUUACAUUUAAACAUCAGAGUGUUACUGCGGCCUUAACCCUCGAAGUAUCCGCGGAGAAUUGUAAAAUGUAUCCACACAAAAAAAUCAUCUAAAUAUAUUAUCAUAUGUUACUAAU